AAGCAGCUUGCAGUGUGGAGGCAAGGACUGGUACCCGGGAAGGACUGAGUGGAGCAGCCAAUAAAGAUCUCUCUUUUUUGCCAUGUCAGAUGACCACCACAAGCUCCACACCCAUUCCUACCAGGAUGCACUAGAUUCUGCUUGUGAUGGUCUCUUGAAUAUCAACAGUCACCCCCUGUCAAAGAGCUCCUCAAAUCUGGCCUGUACUGGGCUAUCAAGUUUACAUGGAAGUCAAAGCAGCAAACAGGAGCUGAAGAAAAGUCACAGUAGUGCCAUAUGCCAUAUGGUGGGAAACCAGAGUGAUGCCAGGAGUGUGCCAAGCACCCGAGGGUCCUUCUCACAGCCUGGCAUGAUGGGGCUUGGAUCACCUGUUGAAACUAUGAGUAAUCAGUCAGCCAAUGAUGAUUCACAGAGCAGAACUAAGAGUACAAACCAUUUUCCUGUUGCUGAACAGACCCCAUCAUCCUGGGAGGUGGGAGACAUGAAGAUGUGUGUAAAGAGCAGCACUGUUGAGAAUGUUUCUUCAGCCUGCGUUGUACAUCAGCAAAGCACGUGUGAGAUGGAAGAGCCAGGAGCUGCUGGACUUCAGAGAAGACACUCAGACCUAACUUGCAGUUGCAAACAGCAGAAUUAUGUCACUCACACAGAAACCAGUGCUGCUCACUCCAGCCUAAACUCUCCCAGCUGCAGAUAUGGUCCAUCAGUGGCUGGGAUGUGUUUCCAAACACAGAAAUAUGGACCAGAAAUAAAUGCAAAUACUUGUCACUAUCAAAACAUUGUGACUCAUGUUCCAGUUCUACCUAGAGACCAAAAAGUACCCACAAAUAGCUUUGACAGUGGUGGUAUUCCACGUAAUACCACUGUUUACACAGAUCCUGGAACAUUUCACAACGCUGUUCUAGGAUCCCACAUGCCUGGGAAUGGCUUCUCAAACAGGACAGCGUUCAGUCAAGCCACUGGGAUUAUUCACGGUGGUCUCAUUUACAGUGAUAUUCCAAACUCUGCAUACUCCCCCAUGUUGAUGACAAUUCAUAACAAUUCUGCAGGGCCCUGUGAUGUAAGGCAGGACCCUUGUAUGAAAGUAGAUGCCACCAUCCCUGCUUACUGCCAUUCUUUGCCCAUACCAUCUAUACAGCUCGUUCCACAGUUGGUGUGCUCAGUUAGUGAGUCAGGAAAAGAGCAGGCAGCACCUGGCUAUGGUCAUUCUUUUUCCACUUCAGACAUUCUGUCAUAUCCUAAGCUGGUGUCUUCAGUAAGUGAAUCAGGCCUGGAUGCCAAGAGAGUCCUGAAAUGCUGUAGCAUUCCCAGAGAACAACCACAACCUGCUCAGCACUGCGCUCAGCAGAAGAGAGCUCCUCCAGAAAAAAAGGCUGCCUGCCUUGCCUUUACCAGCCAGCAAGGUGCAGACAUGGUAAUGACUACAAAAGAUAUGUGGACUAUGACCUCUAUGAAUGAUUUAACCAAAGGGCUGCAACCAGCUCUGGAGCGUAGAGAUGCUGAGGUACAAACUCUUCCAAUCAUGGAAUGCAAGUCUGUGGCAACAAGCCCAGCAGCUGCAGCUGAAGGUCACUCACACGUGUUCCCAGAGGUGAGUCUGGAGCAAGACUUGGAGGGCCCCAAAACUCCAGUACGUGAAGUGAGAUGGGAUAAUGAAGGAAUGACAUGGGAAGUGUAUGGGGCAUCUGUGGAUCCAGAAGUCCUUGGAUUAGCCAUUCAGAAACACCUUGAGAUUCAAAUAGAACAAUUCCAGACAGAGCCUGCUCAGCUGCCCGAGAAAAGUAACGAGGAGCCACCUUCUGAUAAAACAGAGAAGAAAAAGCCCUUCAGAACAAUGAUGCAUUCCCUGAGAUAUCCAAGUUGUUGUGCUCGUUCCAGUACUGCAGUGGAGUGAACACAGAUGUAGGACAUGGGACAGCUUUGCUGCUUUUAAAUUGUAAAUAAAUGUUAACUCUAAAGUUUUAACAGAGUACGUGCAGACAGUGCACUUCAGGAUAAGUGGGAAAAGUUCAAUAACCAUCAAAUUCACAUUAAAGCAAGGAAAAUGCUGUGGUUAGGCCAUGGAACAAAGGACAU